AUGAACGAUACAAUAGCCAAUGUGCACUUGGAGGAUGUUCAGAAAACAUCAUCAUUGAUAUCAUGGUCCAAGAAUGGACUCAUUGUUUAUAUUUCACCGUGUAAGCGAUCAAAAAAUAAUUUACUAUUGACUUACCUUGAAAGUGUUGACGGCCAUUCAUGGAGAUUAGCACCACCACAACCUGUCGAGGUCAAGCUAGAGAAUAACUUCUUGCCUGAAAUAUCUUUAGUGUGCUGGAGCACUCUCAGUACAGAUUUGGCAGUCUCCGAUGUUUAUGGUAAUUUCUAUAUAUUGUUAGCUGGUGUUGGAAUGGUGGACUCGAAAGAUGCAUCGCCAAGCUACGAAUUGACUUCGUACAAUCACAUGGAGAUGAUUUACCGAGAUGUGAUAAAUCAAGAUAUAAAGUCGCCUAUUAACCCUGGCGCGUCGAUUAUUGCAUUCAAAUGGCUCAAUAUUGAAAAACCACAGAUAUUGAACAAGCCUGCGAGCUUGGUGAACUUGGAGCAUUCUUAUGUAUACACGUACGGAGUGAAUCAGUUUGCAUCACAUGGUGUACUGCACCCUAUCCCAACUAAACAAGCAUGCUUGGCACUACGAAGAAAUGGAACUCUAAUGUUGUAUUACCAAGGUGAACACAAAGUAGAAUACCACAAAGUUUCCAUCAACUUGAAUGAUUCUCCAUUGAUGAUUAGCAAUGCAUCAAUUGGGUUUACAAAUGGCAAACAAGUUGUAAUUACUGCCUAUGAUCGUUUAUCCGAUGAUAUUUCCACCUACGUAGUGACCAUAGAUUGGGGGUUUCUCGUAGAGUCAGCAAAGAGACAAAAGACCGAUCCUCACUAUCAUACCCCCAAAGAGAAUCAAAAUUUUCCCGGUUUAAAUAUUGCAAAAAUCCACGAAAUGAAACCGUUACCAGAGUAUAAAGAAAACUCGAUCAACCCAUUAUCAUCAAUUGAUCUUGUGUCAGCUAGCGUGGAGAGAGAGUCCAAAAUGAGCAUUUUAAUUAGUUAUAGCUCGGUGGACAUAUACAGGUACGAAGUUGUAGACACAGCAGAGAUUAUACCCGAUGCGUUUACUGAGUUGGGUGGGAAGAUGAAUUUUCACGAAAAGAGUCCACCUUCCCAAACAAUUGAGUUGAAAGAUAAAAUAGCGAGAACGGGAAAGUUGCAGGCUAUUGUGAGUGGACCCUCAGACUUGUACUGUUUGAUGAUGUAUGAAGAUGGACGUAUAGAUGUCCUAGAUACAAAAUCUUGGGAAAUUGUCAACUCACCGAAUGAACAGUUUCCACCAAGUACAAUUUCAACUGUAUUUGACGUUGGGUUUUCACUCCCGGAAAUUAAACACGAAAAUCCCUUGAUUUUGGCCGUGUCGCCAAACAUGACUUCCGUUGUGUACACCGAAGUAUACAAUGAAACUGAAUUUUUAACACUAAGGCCAGUGGAAAAAGUACGCAACACUGGCUUUCAACCGAGGGACUUAUUUGCUACAUCCGUUGCAUUGGCGUAUAGACAUGCAUAUGCUUGCUAUACAAACACUUUUACUGAUGAUUUGAUCAUAUUGAUUCAGUCUGAAGUGGAAAGGCUUCGCUCCUUAUUGUUAAAGCAGAUGCCGGAAAAGCGUGAAAGCAUACAAUUAAUGAUUAAAAAGUUCGUUGAGUCAAUAAUUAGUGAAGCACACAAGUCAAUCAACUUUCAAUUGGAUGCGUUUAGUAAGGAGUCAGUUGAUAAGUUAUUAUCCAACCCGCCAUUGCAAAAGCUACUUUCUUUGCAGUUGAUAUUAGGUGAAGCACAAGGUAACUCGGUAAUGUCAGACAUUGCUUGGAUUGUAUUGAACUUGAGAAGCACUAAUUUUGGUAUCAUGUUUUCACUUUCCAGUGUAUAUCGUCAAAUUUCGAAAAAGAAACCAAGCGAGGACUCUUUGAAAGAUUCAAUCACUAGAGCUGAGUGUAUUGUGUCGUUGAUUGGAAAUAUAAAAUGGCUUAUUGACCUAAUGGUGUAUUUCAAUCAAGAAUUGUUGCAGCUUUCGUAUUUCAGAAAUGAUUCUGAGAACAGCAAGCUCAGCCUCAGUAACUCGGUGGUUUUGCCAGUCAUUUUGAGCAAAGUGCCGAGAUUAUUUCUUAUGUAUGCGAUCUCAUCCAUGGGUAAAACUCAUGAAAUAUUAAAAAAGUUGCACAAGGACUUGGCUGAGAGUAAUAAGCUUUUCACACCUAUGAAGGAAGCUUUGAAUAGGUACUUCACUAUAUGCUCAGGAGCGCCAUUGACUUUAAGUUUGUUCGAGCAAUACCUUCGUGAGUGUGAUGCUUUGAUUGCGAAGGAGUUUGCAACAAGACUAGCGACCAAGGAAAAAGGCUAUUCGCUAAAGAUUGAGCAAAAACUAGUUUGCCAUGGAGAGAUUACUGACGACGUGAAGGACAUUGCUCGGAUUUUAGUGGAUAGGUAUGCACACAAUAUCAGUCGUGAAAUGAAAGUUUCCGAAUUGUAUUUUUACAACACCGAGUGGUUGAAUAUUGGCUUCAACAAACACACUCAAUCAAUUGAAGAUUCGUCAACAAUUUUAUAUGCACAAGCAUCAAAUAAGAAAGUGGUACGGAGGUUGAAACUUGAUCACGACAUUGAUGCAUUGAGGAAAAUUUACAUCUAUGAUGGAAGUAUCAGAAGGUGCACCAGAUGCAGAUCAGUCUCGUUGGUCACAGACCCGUUUGUAUUUGAAUCAACUACAACCAUCGGAUUGUGGACCAUGGUUUUCCAGAGAACAUGCAUUUGUGGUAACACCUGGGUAAAUAUUUGA